CUUUGAUGCGAAGGCGCCCGGAAGUGCUAUUUGUUAAUCGUUGCGGUCACUCCCUCCCCAGCUCGUGAGAAUGCCUCCCCGCAUUCUACUUCAGCCCUCCCUGAGGGCCCUCACUGGCCCUUCCUCCGUGCAGCUCCCCUUUGCCGCAUUGUCGCUCAACCCGGCCAAAACCUCCGUGAGAGCUGGGUCUACAGAGUCCCGAGAGCGCAGACGCCAUGACCCUUUCCUAAUGGCGCAGUCUCGCCAACGCAAGGCCGCCAACAUCUCUCGCCAGAAAGCCCUCACCAAAGAGCGCGAAGGGUCUGUCGGCGACCCCGUCCAAAGUGAACCGACGCCCUUCAUCCAGGAACUUAAAAAGACGCAAGCGACUUUGCAGGACACAGACCUCAAUUACUUAGUUACAUCGGAUGGUCUCAAUGAGGCGUUGGAAUACUCGAAGAACCUGACAUCACCGAUUCGGAACCCGGAUCGCGACACUGCUGAUCCUCAGCUCGAGAAAGAAGCCGCCGAAAAGCACCUUCAAGAACAUCGGAAUGCACAGGAAGCCAUCCGUCGUAUUGUCAGUGUCGCCAACGGAAACACAAAGGACCACAUGCGUCUUCAUAUUCAGAAAUGCAUUGAGGCCUUUGGCCGGCAUAAGACCGACAGCGAAUUGCCUCCCAAGCCUUCUGGCGUAUCGCAUGACUCUGCGACUGUUCAUCUUGAAAAAACUCCCCGGGUUGGCCCGGAUACUGGCUCUCCGGAAGUGCAGGUUGCUAUUCUCACGGCAAAGAUCAUGAACUUGUCUAGACAUCUCCAGACGACGAAAAAGGACCGACACAACAAGCGUAACCUGCGUCUACUUGUUCACAAGAGACAGAAGUUGCUUCGCUACUUGCGGAGGAAGGAGAGAGGUGGCCCUAGGUGGCAGAAUCUGAUGGAGAAGCUGGGUCUCUCGGAAGCUGCCUGGAAGGGUGAGAUCUCCAUGUAAAUUAGCUCUUUGGCGCUUGUAUUCUACAUAUCUUCUUUUCUUUGUAUUUCCACUGCUUAAGCUUAAUCUCAGCGUGUAACCUUAUGUAUCGAUCAAUGGGCCCUUCCUAUUUCAUAGUGUCUAUGACAAAGAACCUGUGGGUAUUU